GCAAGGACUAAAAUGUCUGCCUCUUCUACUACGUUUUCCGGCCUGGCGAGGAAAUUGACAUAUUUAAAGCGCAGUGGUUUGCUAUGGUUUAUCGGUGUCGUAUCGCUGAUGCUGGUGGCCCACAUGAGCCUGGCCAGAAUGCAAAGCACAAACUCCUGGACCCUUAUCAGUGAAAACAGCCUUCCCUUGCCGCCACCAGAAAACGCGCAUGUUUGCGGCGAAACGUGCAUCGAAACAUUUAUAGACGAGUUUAUUAUGGCCAACACGAAUUACGAAGACGGCGCAGCUAAGGAGGCAGCAGCCUUAGAUGACAGUAAACAGGAUGAAGAGACGGACGAAAAGGACGAGACGGAGGAAGGCGAAAUCAUCAUGCCGACCCGAGGUCGAGACAAUAAGAAAAAUAUUUACAAGAAGGACACAGUGCGAGAAGUAACCUGGACGGAGGAGAUGUCCAAGGCGCGAGAGGCUGUGCUGGAGGCGCGUCGCAGCGAAGUCGAGGAGCGAUGCCGGAGCUUGAACAACAGCGUCUUCUUGCCGUCUAAGGAAUCGGUGUACAACGUCCUCCGCUGGGUCACCGAGCACGACUUCGUGUGGUGCCCCAUCUUCAAGGCCGCGUCAACAUCGUGGGUCAAGAACCUCCUGCUUUUGGCCAAAGAGCGAUUCGUAGACAUGAGUCUCCACGGAAGAGUCCGGGAGCUUUACCCGCCGCCGGAGACCGAAUCGGAGAAAAAGAAGGUUCUGGAAGAAAACAUGAAGCUUAUGAUUGUAAGGCAUCCGCUGGAACGUCUUCUCUCGGCUUACAGGGACAAGAUGCUAAGGAUAAGACGAGCCAACGACCCUUUCCGUAAGAUGCAGCUGGACAUCGCCAAACGAUACCCGGAUCCUACUCCUCAGCCCCCGGCGCCCCUGACGUCCCCCUCGGGAGAAAAAGAAAUCCAUCCUACCUUCACGCAGUUUCUGCUGAGGGUGCAGGACGACCUCCAAAGACUUUGGAAGAAGAAGGGCAAGUCGCAGGUCAACCUCCACUGGCGGCCGUUCUGGUUCGUGUGUUCCCCGUGCGAGAUUCAUUACGACGUGAUCGCACACGUCGAGACCAUGGAUGUAGAUAACGAAUACGUUAUUCACAAACUCGGCCUCCAAGACGUCUUAGUGAAUGUUCACACUCAUGCCUCGAACUUCGACGCCUACAACGACACCAGCGCGGCGUCGAAGGACUACUUCCGCCAGGUGCCUUACUCUCUCCUGAAGGACAUCGUGCGCCUCUAUCAGCCAGACUUCACCCUUUUCGGUUAUUCCCCCGACGCCUACCUCAAGCUGGCCUGGCGAGACGACCGCUGAUUGUCGUCACAGCAUAGUUUAUUAUCAUUUUGUGAUAUUUUUUCUCACGUUGUUGAUCAUGAUUUUCAUGUGACAUAGAAUCACCAUUAGCUUUCAGUGAGUUGUGUGUCAGUUUAUAGAUCAUAUUCUACUUUUUAUACAAUUUUGGUCUUGGAAAUAUGACAACAGUUGUAUUAUGUCGAAGGUUGAAGUGACAAUAACGUCUAAUUACCAAUACUUUGCAAGGUCGGACGUGGGCAAGGCACUAAUCUUAUAGCAUUCAUAUGAACCGCCCCCUUUAAAACACUGCGUUCCAUCCCUUUCCUUCAUCGGCAAUCAACUCCUACUCCGUACAUAUGCAUCUCAUUUACGCCAUGCGGGUGUGUACUGUCUGUACAUGUAGUAUGAGGACACAGAUAUUACACGUUCAACUACUCUUUAUUAUAAUAUACAUAUAUAUAUAUAUAUAUAUAUAUAUAUAUAUUUAUAUAUAUAUAAUGAUAAAAGAUUUCCCAGAUUUAACGAAAUAUAAGAUAUAUAGCAUGGGACGCUUAGCUUUAAAGUAUUGUAGGACAAAGACAAUCUUUAUUAGUUAUUAAGUCUCGCAUAUGUAGGGAACAAUAAAUAGGUGAAAUUCUGACACUUUACUGGGUAAAUGGAAGGGACUACGAAAUGACCAGGCAUGGUAGUAAUUUUGAGGGCAUUAUAACCUAUGAAUAUUCUUCACAAGUAAUAAAAGGUACAAUAUACUGUGCUAAAUGUCUGCUUCCUCUAACAAAGUACAAGGUAUAAACAACAUUACGUCGAACGAAAUACAAAUGUCUAAAGAUUCAGUGCUGGGUCUUAAUGUUGGCAAUUGGCCCUGAUUUUAUGGCUGUUCGUAGACUUGCCUUUUCUCUGAUACAUCCAUAUAUCAAUUCAAGCAAAGUGGGAAAGACAUUCAUAGUAAAAAAAAAAAAAAAAAAAAAAAAAUUAGAGUAUACCCAUUUGUUGUAUUUUGCAAUGAAUAGCUACGAACAGUGAAAGCUCGUGGACAGUUCACUCAUAUAUUAAUGAUGUAUUUGUGUAUUUAUCCAUUUUCGUAUUCUCCGGUGACUGAGAUUAUUUUCCGUAUUUGUUGUUUUGUGAUUUGGUUAACGUGGCACCAAGUACUUGAAAUACAUAAAUGAUGAUCUGUUAUCUAUAUAUAUAUAUAUUUUUACAAUAGCUAUAAAUCUUGAUUGUUUUCCUAUAAUUUGUUUUUUCUUGAAUAUCCAUUUCUCAUCUCCA